AAAAAGCGUUGAGUCUGCACUCGCUAGUUUCCAGCGCCGCUGCUUCACACGAUUUCUCCCGGAGAGAUGAGGCGGAAAGAGAAGAGGCUGCUGCAGUUCGCCGGGCUGCUCAUAGCGGCUCUUCUUUUCCUCCCCAACGUCGGGCUGUGGUCUUUGUACCGGGACCGGGUGUUCGACAACUCGCCCAACAAUGUGGAAGGACCAGGGGGCAUUCUGCCGAUACAGGGUUUGAACCAGAUGAGGAAGGUCGCUCAGGUGGGACUCGAUGGUGUGCGGCGGACAGACUGGCACGACUACGAAGCAAUGAGGAGAGAUGCUGCUCGCUCAGGUAACGGUGAACAGGGGAAGCCUUUCCCUCUGACAGAAAUUGACCAGGUCGACCAGGCCUACAGGGAGAAUGGCUUCAACAUUUACGUCAGCAACCGGAUCUCCCUCAAUCGCUCCCUCCCUGACAUCCGCCAUCCAAGCUGUAAACAGAAGCUAUAUGCAGAGAAGCUGCCCAACACCAGCAUCAUCAUCCCCUUCCAUAACGAGGGCUGGUCGUCGCUGCUGAGGACUGUUCACAGCGUGCUCAACCGCUCUCCUCCACAGCUCAUAGCAGAGGUCAUCCUGGUCGACGACUUCAGCGACAAAGAGCACCUAAAGGUGCCACUGGAGGAGUAUAUGAUUCGGAUGCCAAAGGUUCGUAUCCUGAGGACCAAGAAGAGGGAGGGGCUGAUCAGGACUCGCCUGCUUGGAGCCGCCACUGCUAAAGGAGAAGUUAUCACAUUCCUGGAUUCCCAUUGUGAGGCCAACUUCAACUGGCUGCCUCCGCUGCUGGACCGAAUCGCCCAGAACAGGAAGACUAUCGUGUGUCCAAUGAUCGAUGUGAUCGACCACGACAACUUUGGCUAUGACACGCAGGCGGGGGACGCCAUGCGAGGGGCGUUUGACUGGGAAAUGUACUACAAACGGAUACCCAUCCCUCCAGAGCUGCAGAAGGACGACCCCAGUGAACCCUUUGAGUCACCAGUGAUGGCAGGUGGACUGUUUGCUGUGGACAGGAAGUGGUUUUGGGAGCUGGGAGGAUAUGACACGGGUCUGGAGAUCUGGGGAGGAGAACAGUAUGAGAUAUCCUUUAAGGUGUGGAUGUGUGGUGGACGGAUGGAGGACAUACCUUGCUCCAGGGUAGGACACAUCUAUAGGAAGUACGUCCCCUACAAGGUCCCUGGUGGAAUCAGCUUGGCAAAGAACCUAAAACGUGUGGCAGAGGUCUGGAUGGACGAAUAUGCAGAAUACGUGUACCAGCGUCGGCCCGAGUACCGCCACCUGUCAGCAGGAGACAUGACGGGCCAGAAGGAGCUGAGGAACCGCCUUAACUGCAAAAGCUUUAAGUGGUUCAUGAGUGAAGUGGCCUGGGAUCUGCCCAAACACUACCCACCGGUGGAGCCUCCUGCUGCAGCGUGGGGAGAGAUACGGAACAUGGGGAGUGGGAUGUGUAUGGAGAUCAAACACUUUGUGUCAGGGAGCCCUAUCCGCCUGGAGAGCUGUGUGAAAGGGCGUGGUGAAGUGGCAUGGAGUCAUGGACAGGUGUUAACAUUUGGUUGGAGGGAGGAUAUUCGGGUGGGUGACCCCAUGCACACAAGGAAGGUCUGCUUCGAUGCCAUCUCUCACAAUAGCCCUGUCACCCUGUUCGACUGUCAUGGCAUGAAAGGGAACCAGCUGUGGCGCUACAGAAAGGACAAGAGUCUGUAUCACCCUGUCAGUAACAGCUGUAUAGACAGCAGCCCGAGCGAGCGGCGGGUCUUCAUGAACACAUGUGACCCCUCCUCCCCCAGCCAACAGUGGCUGUUUGAGAGAACCAACGCCACCGUGCUGGAGCACUUCAACCGAGGCCAACGGUGAGAUGAGGCGUCUAUCAGAGAAAAAGAUCAUGAAACAAUGAUCACGUUUGAUCAGAAUGGAAGCCGCAAGUGAAUAACGUGUUGCUUCAGAAACAUUCCCCCCGUGGUACAGCAGUGAUCCAGUGUGCUGGCUGAGAGCUAAAGAGCUGGUCGGACCACACACACACACAACAACAUCCAGAAUACAAUCAUACAGCAUCGGCUUGUGAUGAGGAAGGAGGGUGGAAGAACCCCGGUGAAACCUGAUUGUCCUGUGGGAACCCAGAAAACACAGCUCUUACAGACUGAAGUUUGGACCUCAAGAAUUUGAAAUCAAGUCUUUCGUUGUCAGUUUAAAUCUGUUAAACACAAACGCUGCUGGAUUGAUUUGGCUAUUCUUUUGCCUCUUUUACUUUUUUCAAUUGUUGCCUUAACAAUUCCAACAAUGAGAAGUAUCUGUUCCCUGUGUUUUCAUUGAAGGUACCAAAACAACAGAUGGUGAUAUGUGGGACAUUUUUCAAAGAAAUAACUCGAUGGGAACUGGAAACAUUGUUUUAACUAUUUAAUUAUUCCUGCACAGUGUGCAGAUACAUUGCAAGAAUGUCUUUUAUUGAAGAAACAUAAUCGUGUCGAGUGCAAAUGUGAAAGUAUUUUUCUACUGAGCAAUGAAGCAACCAAUAUACAUAAGUUAUGGCUGUUUCUAUCUCAAAUAUUUUUUUCAUCUAAAUGCUUAGAAUUUUCUUUGCUAUGAUAUCCAUGGUCCCCAGAUGAUGUAUCCUAAUGACUUUGGUGAUCUGUGACUUUGAUCUACUAUCACCAUAUUUGUGGUGAGGGAAAUAUCUACUACUGGAUGAAUUGCCAUAAAAGUCCAAAGAGAAUAAAUUCUCAUGACUUUGGUUAUUCCCAGAGUUUCAUCUACCACCAACAUGCUGGUUCAUAUUUUUGGUUCAGACGGAAAUGUCUCAUCUAAAACUUGAAUUUCCAUGAAAUUUGGAGAAGAUUCCUGCCCUGUAUCAACGGUUCAGGCUGGUGAUGGUGGUGUAAUGUUGUGGGGGAUAUUUUCUUGGCACACUUUGGGCCCCAUUAGUA